UCAUUUAUUGAUCAGUUUUCGUAUAAUGCGGGCGCAAAUAACUGUCAUGAAUUACCGCGUUACCGGCAUCUUCCUUUUUUUAAUUAGCUGCGUUAUUUUGCCAGCGUAUAGCGUAUCUGUAGAAAAGUUAGAUACGUCGAAAGAAAUGGAGAAUACCUCUUCCAGUGUGGAGAAAGAUGAUGUUGAAAUAGCAGAGAAUAAUGGCAGUGAUGAAGCCCCGUUGAAAUCUAAUGAGCAAAUUAAAGCCGAAUUCUUGACAUUCAGUGCGCCCGAGGAAGAUGAAAGCGAGGACGAAGAGAAAAUUGAAAACUUGCUUGCGUUAUUAAAUCAAAGACGGAUAUUGUUAAUUGAGGCACCUCACAACACUACGAUAAUUGGAGUCGAUAAUAAAGCAGAUGAGAGCGAUGUACUUUCGAAAGUUCUACUAUUUGAUGGAGAUACUUCCAGGAGAAACGAUAGUGAAAAUAAAAAUAAAUAAAUAAAAAAAACAAAAGUAAAAUGAUAAAAUUUAAAAUGGGGUACGUGAUUAGACGCUUUAAAAAGAUGAGAGGAAUAAAAAUUUCUAAAUAUAUUUUUUCUUUUCAUCUGAUAAUCGGGUCAAUCGCAUCCAUUCC